AUGGUAUCAGUGAUAAACAACCACUGCUUGAGGAAAGUUACUGGAGCAACCAAGACGACACCCUUAAAUACACUUGCAGCUUUAAGCGGACAAGAACCACUAGAGCUUAGACUCGAAUACGUGACACAACGAGAGAUAGCAAGAUACAUAUCCUGGAACAAUACAGUAGCAAAGCAACUCAAAGCGAUAGACAUACCUACGAAGAUCGAAAGCAUGGACAGCUACACCUAUAUGGAACGAUUAUUUUAUAAGAACAAAGAAAUGUUCAACUCUAUUAUGAUAGUCUGCAAGCUUAACGGUAGAGUGACGGUGGAUAUACAAACACAUCUGGAAGCACUGGAUACGGCUAAACAAGACACUAACCCCAGGAAGUUAAAGCAAGCUGCCCUUUUCGCAAUGAAUGGUGUGCACAAAGGCAGAGGUAGGAUAUACACUGAUGCGUCCAAAGACGGUACGGCGUGUGCAAUAGGCGUCUAUAUUGAGAAUACUAAACAGCGUCUCAGUUACCGCUUAAACAACGAAACGAGCAUAACAUCCGCAGAACUCAAAGCGAUCAGAGUGGCAUUGGAUUGUGUGGAAGAUCAACAUCUUAAAGAUUUCGUCAUAUACACGGACUCGAGAACCGCUUGUGUUAUGUUAGACAGCGUCCAGCAUUCAAAAGAGGGAGAACAAAUGCUUGUGGAAAUAUUAGACAUAUGCUAUAAAUGGAACAUCUCGGUGCAAUGGAUUCCUAGUCAUGUUGACAUAAAAGAGACCAAUGCAACUCCUGACCGGAACAGAUUCGACUCUGCUGUGUUUCAAGAUGAUAUAGCCAAUAUAGAGGAUGAAAAAUCUAAACUUCGGACGCGCGGUAACUCUAAGGCGUUGCGAAUAUACCCUUCAAAACUAUGUCAUCGAGAGGGUGGAUUCCAUCCGUGA